ACACCAUACACUCGAAACCUGUAUACAAGCGAUUGCACUUCAUAAGAGCGACCUAACCUCUGGCAAGCUCUUCCGGGACAACCCCACCCAGCCUCACAGAGGCCAGAAUGUAGCUCGCCUGUGUCUCUGCACGAUCAAACCAAGCUUGUUUCACUAGCGUUAUACCCAGAAUAUCGUUUGGGCUCUCCGCCCACGGGUCGCAAUCCUGUUUAGCAGUCGCGAACUCGCCAGACCCGCGCAGAAGGCAAUGGCGACGCCAUCAGGCUCCAGCAAUGCUAUCAAGCCGGGCGCAGAAGCUCUGGCAGCUCUGCAGGUCGAGCUUCAGGCCCUCAAGGCCACAUGGGGCAAGCGGCUGCAUCUGACUAAGACCGCGCCCACGGCGGCGCCCGCCACCGCGCCCUUCCCCAUCGCCCUCACCUUUGACGUGGAUCCGCCCUCGGCGGUUUCGGAUCACUAUGACGUCGGCACGAUCCAAAUCCGGAUCCAAUUGCUCAGCCCGGCGGCGCUGCAAGCGGCGGCGGUGGCGGCGGAGCCACCGCCGCAACAAAACCAACCGCUUCUGCCGCCGGGGCUGAAGUUGGCGGUUGUGUCGGACCAACUGCCGCGGCGGCUCCGCGCGCACAUGGCGGUUGAGCUGGCGGCGGCCUGGCGGCGCGCGCUGUCGGACCAACCGCCCAACCAACCGCCAGCGACGGCGCCGGCAGUAGCCGUUGGCCGGCUGCGGCUGGGCGCCGCCGCCGAGGAGCUGCGGCGGCGCUUCGUGCAACUGCUAACCGCCGUACCGGGCGUUAUCGAGCCGUACCAGAGUGAGGAUGCGUACGGCGCAACCGUACGGCGUUACGCGGUCGUUAACAAUGACAGCGCGGAGGGUGACGGCGCUGCGGAUGGGGAGGUGGCGGGGGAGGUGGGCGGUGGCGAGGCGGAGGAGGCGGCGGCAGGUGGGCAGGCGGCGGCGGGCGUCCCAGAGGCGUCGGCGAUGGAUGAAGGAGCGGCUGCAAAUGCAGUUGCUGUCGAUGGCACUCAGUUAACCGGCACUUACUCCAAUGGCAAAGCCCACGCCGCUCACGCUGCGGCCGCUCCUGCGGCGGCGGCGGCGGCAACGCCGGCGGCACCCGCAGCAGCACUCGCAGUAGCACCCUUAGCUACUGCCGCUACAGCCGGGAUGCAGUCUGCUGCCAGCAGCGUAGCGGGCGGGGUAGCGGGGCCGGUGGCGGCUGCAGCUCAAGGGGCGUCAGCAGCCGCGUCGCAAGCGGCAGUAGCAGCGCCGGCGGUCGGGUCGGCGGCACCAGCAGCGGGGGGCAGGAGCGGCAGUAGCACGGGUGGAGCCACAGCCGGAGCCGGGGGCAUCAAGGUACUCAAGGCGGCAGUGAAGCCGCCGCUACUACAGCCGCAGCAGCAGCAGAGGCAGCAGGCUCCUGCUACUGCCGCCGUGCUGCCGCCACCGCCACCGCCCACGGCCAACACGGCGGCUGCGGCGCUGCCACCGCCGCCACAGCUACAGCCGCCGCCACAGCUACAGCCGCCGCCAGGGCUGCUGUCGUACGGCGUGGCUCUCAAGGAGCUGGAGUACGUACGACGGCGCUACAGCCAGCUGUGCACCGUACGGCUGCACCGCGACGACGACAACGGCGGCGGCGGCGGCGCUACUGCUACUGCCGGUGCUACUGCCGGCGCGGCUUCUGCAGACGGUGGGAAUGCUGGCGGCAGCAGCAGCGCGGCGGCGCUGCUACAGCCGGGCUGCCUGACCACGCUUGAGGUGGAGCUACUGCCGACCGAUCCCGACUGGACGCACCCGCCCAUCCGCGUCGUGGGACAGCUGCUGCCGGUCCGCGGUGCUGCUGCUACAGCCGGCGGCGGCGGCGGCGGCGGCCGCAGGCGCGGCGGCGCCGCCGGCAGUAGCAGCCGGCGGCGGGGAGGCGGCGGCGGCGGCGGCAGUAGCAGCAACGCCCGGGGAGCUGUGCUACAGCUGGGACAGCCGCUGCCGGGGCUGGGGACGUGCAAGCACUACCGCCACUCGUAUCGGUGGCUGCGGUUCCCGUGCUGCGGCGCCCGCUACGCCUGCGACUUGUGCCACGAGGAGGGAGCGCCCGACGGCCACCCCGCAGUGUGGGCGCAGCGCAUGGUGUGUGGCUUCUGCUCACUGGAGCAACCGCUGGGGCUGGCCUGCCGUAACUGCGGGCGACAGCUGGCGAGCACAGCCUCCAAUCCCAGCGGCCGGCGCACUCGCUUCUGGGAGGGCGGCCAGGGCUGCCGCGACGUGCGGCGCCUUAACCGAAACGACCCGCACAAGUACAAGGGCAAGAACAAGACACAGAGCGCCAAGAGCUCACGCGUUGGGCCCAAACCCUGGAGCGGCGCUGGAGGAGGCGGGAGCUAGGUGUGUGGGGGGGGCAAGGAGGGAGGCAAGCUGGAUGGGCGGCCUGGGGCCGGGUUGCAAGAACAGGACCAGUAUUUCUGAGGAGGGGCAUAUUACAUGGGCUUAGAAGUUAGUUGGUGACAGUUAUAAUGCGAAGGGCUCCCACAUCAGGCCCAAGCUUUGGAGCUGGGCUGGCGGCGGCGGCGGCGGCGGCGGUGGGGGAGGCUAGCUGUGAGGGGCAGGGACUCACGCAGCAGGCUGGAUGGGCGGCCCAGGGCCGGACUGCAAUGAAAGGAGAACAAUAGCGCUGAGCAUGAGCAUGAGCGAAUUACAUGGCUUGAAGUCGCUGCGGCCCCACGAAAUCCUUAGCUGGUGACGGUUACCAAUGUUGCUUAGAGCUCAUGGGUGGGGCCAAAGCCCUGGAGUGGGGCUGGAGGAGCAGGCGGUAGUGGAGAGAGCUAGCUGGUGCUACGCGGGGUGAAAUGGAGUAGGUGAAAUGGACGAGGAGGGGGACGGAAUAACGACGCCGGAUGCCGCAAUAUGUAUACAUGUUUGGGGUCGUUGUCGUGUGUGUCUGCCCGCUUGUUAGGGCAGUUGCAGGACACAGCGUGCGCCAAGAGCUCGCUCGUGUGGGGGCAGUGGGGCGGGGAUCUAGAUGGCUUACUUCGUGUGUGUUUUGUGCCAGUGAGUGUGUGGAGCUGGUAUUCCCCGUACACGAGCCUCAACGAUGAUGAAGUGUACGGGGCUGUGCAGAACAAGGAGGCAGUGACUCAGCAUGCGUUGGCUGGGCUCCGUAGGGUAUGGGAGCGGGGCUACCAGAGCGGGCUCCGCAUAACCGCCCUGAUAGCAUGUGAUGGCUCGGCGUCUUCGGGUGCUGGGACUGUCCCCUCUGUAACAUCCGCAUUCAUAACCGCAGUAGUCUUGGGGUGCGGUGCGCCUUUGGCGAUUGCUUCUACUUUAUUGUCGUGUCCCAUGUAUCCGCACUCAUGUAAUCAAAAUGUAACCUCAGUCUUCC